AUGGAGGGAAGCCGAUCAGAUCUGCUAGCUCCACAAGCAAAGAUGACGGAUGUCACAGAACGCCAGAUCGUGAAAGAGGAUCGCCCCGACAGCGACGAGCAGCGAUCAAUAGAGGCAUCUGCCGCGGUCAAUACCGCAGUGAAGGCAGAAGAGGGAUAUCGGUCACAGGAACACUCAGACGACGUAAUCCGACAAGCACAAGAUAUCGCGAUUGGCGAUGAUCACCCGGUCGGAGACGAUAAAGUGCUCGAAUUGUCAGAUCAAAAGAUACAGAAUGCUACAGUACUGAAUCGCUAG